AUGGAGUACGAACCCGUAAAUACUAGAGACAAAGCCGGAGAUCGCGAAGCAGUCUCUUUGCAAAAACGAGCCAAACCAGGGCUCCAGAACCCGGUCGCGGCCGGAUUACCAGAAGAUCUGAACUGGGUUGCUGCUGAAGCCUCUCCGAGCUACGGCGAGAUGGGUACACCAGAUGACACAGCCCAGGUCCACCCCUAUGAGUUUACCACCUCGAUGGCUCAGCUCGCCGAAGAGAAAGGAGCAAGAAUCUUGUUUGGCUCCGUUACAGGGAUUGACAGAUCAAACGGAAAGGUUCAAUCGGUGACUUACGACGAUAAGAAAACGCCGCAAUCGCACACAAUACCGGCGACAGAUGUCGUUAUAGCAGCUGGGCCAUGGUCACAGAAUCUGUACCCACCUGCACCUAUCGAGGCGUUAAGGGCUCAUAGUGUCACUAUACAACCUUCCAAUCCGAUAUCAGGAUACGCUUUGUUCACAAGCAUCAAUCUUCCACCCAAUUUUGGGCAGACUGACACUCACGUCAAAGCACGACGACCCCACAAAAAGGUGGUGGCGCCAGAGAUAUAUGCAAGACCCAAGAAUGAAGCGUACGCGUGUGGCGAAGGUGAUACCUUGAUACCUUUACCUAAAACGACUGCCGAUGUAGAGACAGACCAAGCACGCUGCCAAGAUAUCAUCGACUACGUUUCGUCGAUAUCAGACGAAUUGCGAGACGGUGAAGUGACUGCAAGGCAAGCUUGCUACCUACCGUUGGGUGGACCUUUGAUAGGCGAGACCGGCGUCAAGGGCCUUUUAUUUGCCGCCGGGCAUACGUGCUGGGGUACAGUUGAUUCUAGACAGCUGAGAAACCUGUAA